AUGUGUUUUGGAAAUGAUAUACAAAUCAGGCACGAUCGGGGAUCAGCCUGCAAGUUAGCCAUUAGAAAUGAUCCGAAAUUGCUUGAAACUGAUUGCUACGAUGAAAAAUUCAUCGAAAAUUCAUUUGCAAAUGCAAAAAGUAAUGACACUUCUAUCAGUGUACGUACAGUUUGUGAUAUAAAAUGCAACGGAGCCGAUAGAGAUUCUGUCAUCUCGAAGAUUCCAAAUUUUGCUUAUGCAUGCAUUCGGUGGUAUAAUUACAACACUUUAAAAAUCGGUAUCAAAUUUUUCGGUUUACUGUAA